AUGGGACGCACCAGGAGACCGGAGAACAAGCAGAUCCACAGGGCAGCACCGCCAGCACCGUCAUCAGGACCGAUGGACAGAUUUCUACAAACCCCGCUGGGUCCGAGCCGCGAGGCGCCCCUCUCCCCGGCUUCCUCCUGCUCGGAGCAGGAACAGCCCACACUGGCGGAUAUCGGGGCAGAGAUCAGGAGACUAGCAGCCAACAUGGUCACAAAAUCUGACCUGCAGUCCAUGACCGCGACCCUUACGGCAUCCCUCACAUCCGCAGACACAGCACUACGCACGGACAUAGAGGCACAGGACGGAUGCAUCCAGGCCUUAGAAACCCAGGCCCAUGCCACACAGCACCAGGCCUCAGCCACAGAUACAGCCCUAACAAGACAGGGCAACAUGCUACUGGCCCUGCGCAGACAGGUCGAGGACCUGGAUAACCGGAGUUGCCGCUCUAACAUCCAGAUAAGGGGGGUGCCGUAG